AUGGUUUCCUACAUGAAAGACGUUGCCAAGCUUGGUGUAGAACUUACUGUUGAAGAACGUAAUCUCCUUUCGGUUGCUUAUAAAAAUGUAAUUGGUGCCCGUCGUGCAUCUUGGAGAAUUAUUUCAUCUAUUGAACAAAAAGAAGAAAACAAGGGGAAUGAUACUCAAGUUCAAAAGAUUAAAGCAUAUCGUCAAAAAGUAGAAGCUGAACUCUCCGAAGUGUGUUCGGAUAUUCUUGCUGUAUUGGAUGAACAUUUAAUUCCAGCUGCAGAGGCUGGGGAAUCUAGAGUAUUUUAUUAUAAAAUGAAAGGUGAUUAUCACCGAUAUCUUGCUGAAUUUGCCUCUGGUGAACGAAGAAAAGAAGCUGCAACACAAGCACAUGAAGCGUAUAAACAUGCCACUGAUAUUGCUCAAACAGACUUGCCUUCAACUCAUCCAAUUCGCCUCGGACUUGCUCUAAACUUUUCCGUUUUCUACUAUGAGAUCCUCAAUUCACCUGAUCGUGCAUGUCAUCUUGCUAAACAAGCAUUUGAUGAUGCUAUUGCUGAACUUGAUACUUUAAGUGAAGAGUCUUAUAAAGAUAGCACAUUAAUUAUGCAAUUGUUAAGAGAUAAUUUAACUCUUUGGACUUCUGACUUACAAGAGGAAGAAAAACAAGACGACGCCAAACCAGAAGUUGAAGCAGAAGAAUCUAAGUAG